GGGCGGGGCGGGGUGGCCCUGAACAUGGCAGAUGUGCCAGAGCUGGCUGGGGAGUGACCCUGGGGCCCCUAGUACAGGCCCAGAAGCAUUGCCUUUUCUUGCCCUCCAACUGUGCGUGCGCAGGAGCAGGUCCAGGGAUCUGUGCGGCCCCAGGCUCCUGAGGUAGGCCCGUCGUGUCCCCUGCACAGUUCAGUGGCCCCAGAGCCCCUCGGCAGGAGAUACACCUGUGAAAUGUGGGAGCUGCCUGCCUGGGUUCAGGGUGGAGACCCCACCAGUGGCCUGCUGUGGGAUUUGGGCCAGUCGCUGUCUCCCUCUGGGGGGCUGCCCGGUGGUGCCUGCUGGUGUUCCGGACCAGGGCCAUGGCUUGGGCUGGAAAGAGCAGGCUCUGGUCUGUCCCUCUGCCCUGUCAUGGCAGCAGGGCCCUUAAGUGCAGUGCUCAGGGCUGCCCUCCCCGGGAGGAGAGGAGGCUGACAAGGACACCCAGAUCCCCCCGGCACACUCCAGCCAGUGCCCCUGGUCCCUCCCUGCCCUGCAAAGGGCGGGCAGCGGGACUUGAGAGCCUCCCAGGCUGCGGUUCGAGCCCCAGCUUCCCCACUUGGUAGCCCUGUUACUGGCUUCAGGUUGCUCAGCCUGCAGACUCAGGAUCUGCCUCUUGGGGAGGUACGAGGGCGCGGUAAGAUGGUGUCCGUCAGGCGCCUGGUCAGCGUGAGACCUGGCGCCCGGGCUGCCGGGUCAGCACUAGGUCAUCCGCCAUCAUUUGUCAGGGGCUCCCUGCAGGCCGGUGGGAGGGGCAGGGUAGUUUCUCCUUGUCCUUCGAGGCACCCCUUGCCAGCAGGGGGAGCUGUGCCCUCGGCUGGGGCGACACUGGUUGGUGCCCUGUUCUGUCUUUUGCAUGGCAGUGUCACCUUGGGGGGCAUCCCUGGGGCCUGGCCCCUGCUGGUCCUGUGUGGGUCGGGCAGCUGCAGGCCCGAGGACCUGGGGCCUCAGCAGAGGCCACGGCUGUAGUCUGCAGACGGCCGGGCCUGGGGCGGCCGAGCUGGGGCUCCUCCGCUGGUGUCACCUGGCAUUCUUACACUGGGGGGCGCAAGGCCUGGCGCUGCUCUCUGGUGUGAGGCUUCCCCCAUCUCCGGCUUCCUUCCAGCCUCCGGCUCCAUCCUCUGGGCCCCAGCCGAGAGCUAGGUCGGGGCUCGGUCUGGGCCUGGAGGGGGCCUGUGGGAAUUCUGUCGGGCCAGCCCCCACUGCCUGGCCUGCCCUGUAAUUACCUGUUUACCUGCCAUCUCCCCUCUGAGGUAAGCUCCCCGCAGGCCAGCCAGGCCCAGCUCAUGGCUGCCUGCUGAGCCAAGCAGGGCCCUGGCGUGGGGAAGGCUCCGGAGAGUUGUGGGCACGGCCGCCCUCCCUACACGGUCAGUGCCAGCUACCAGGCAGGAGCACCACAGCCCUCCCAGGGCCUGCAGGGGGUGCGGCCCACCCCUUGGAGCGGCCUGGGUGUUAGCAGAGGGAGCCUCAGCUUCUGCGGGCCCUGCCCUGGCCGCAGGCAGUCCCCUGCUGUGCCUCGUAGCCAGGAAGAGGCCGCAGACCCCUAGGGAGCCCGGGGCUGAUGCUGUGCGACCUUCAGCGGGGCUGCGGCUCUCUCCGGCUGAAGGUGUCCUGGGCCAGCCCCCAGAGGCUAGGGCAGAGCGGGGUGCUCUUGGUUAAUUGCACUCCACCUCCGGGUGCUGUUGCAGUGACAGCCCUGGGGACUGAAGGGAGGCCCUGGGGAGCUCAUUAAGGCGCCUCGUGCCGCUGCUGUCCCUGGUGAGACCCUGUUUGUUGUCGCCCCUCCCGUUCCCGGCCUGUUGCCCUGCAGGUGUCUCCCUGGCAGGGCAGGGGUGGGCGGGGAUCGCUCAGCCCACCCUGCCACCCUGCUUCCCCACCUGGACACACAUGCCUCCGCCUCCCGGAAGUCACUUUAACAAAUAUAUUUAUUUAUUUGAAGGGCAAAGUGACACAGAGAGAGCCAGAUCUGCCAUCUACUGGUUUACUCCCCAAAUGGCUGCUAUAGUCAGGGCUGGGCCAGCCAAAGCCAGGAGCCAGGAAUUCAUCCAGGUCUCCCACGUGCCUUCCCAGGCCUGUCAGCAGGGAGCUGGAUCGGAAGCAGAGCAGCUGGGACUCAAAACCAGUACUGCAGUGUGGACUCAGGCAUCAUGGGCAGUGGCUAAACUUACUGUGCAACCCCAGCCCAUGAAGUCACCUCUUUGCUCCUGGUCCUGGAGGUGGCCCAGGGUCUGGGCACAGAAUUCAAAGCAAACCAGACCUGGCUGGGUCCCCUGCCGUGUGAUUGGGCAGGUCACUCCUCCUCUUUUUUUUUUUUUUUAAACAUUUAUUUAUUUGAAAGGCAGAGUUACACAGAGGCAGAGGCAGAGGGGGGGGGGGAGCGAGGUGUUGCAUCCAAUGGUUCACUCCCCAAUUGGCUGCAACAGCCAGAGCAGCACCAAUCUGAAGACAAGAGCUUCUUCUGGGUCUCCCACGCGGGUACAGGGGCCCAAGGACUUGGGCCAUCUUCUACUGCUUUCCCAGGCCAUAGUAGAGAGCUGGAUGGGAAGUGGAGCAGCCGGGACUAGAACCGGCAUCCAUAUGGGAUGGCGGCACUGCAGGCAGCAGCUUUACCAGCUACGCCACAGAGCCAGCCCCUGCUCCUCCUCUUGGUCUCUGUUGGAACCUACCUUCCUGCCCACAAUGUGGUGGUGGGAAGAUCUAAGGAGGCAAGAGGGGCAUGGCAGGGCCAGUAGUGGCUCUCUGCACACCUCAAAGCCCUCCCAGCUCCCCCCUUUCUCUGUUCUUUUUUUAAAGACCGAUUUAUUUCUUUGAAAAGCAGAGUUACAUAAAGAGAGACACACAGAGAGAGAUCUUCCAUUCUCUGGUUCACUCCCAACAAUGCCUGGGACUAGGCUGGGCCAGGCCACACUGGGAGCUUUUUCUGGGUCUCCCAUGUGGGUGGCAGGCACCCAAGCACUUGGGCCAUCUUCUGCUGCUUUCCCAGCCUCAUUAGCAGAGAGCUGGAUCAGAAGUGGAGCAGCCAGGAUUCAAACUGGCUCCCAUAUGGGAUGCUGGCCUCCCAGACAGCGGCUUAAUCUGUCUUACUUCUGCCGCCUUUCUCUGUUCUGUGGCAGAGGCCUCCCCCUCCUGCGGGCUCCCUGGUGGGGGGUCCUGGACUUGACUGGAUGCUCCCUGAGUCAGGGCAGUGGACUUCGGGUGAUCAGAUUUGGUGAGCCUGAAAUCAGGAUGUGGCGUUUGCCAUCAGGCCUGGCCUGGCUGAAGCAAGACCUGAGGGCCCCUGUGAGCAUGCCUGCCCUGGAGCCUGGUGCAGCCCUGGGCACAGGGACAGGCCUCUGGCUGGAAGAAAGCGUGGCCAUGACCGGAGCCCAGUCGCACACCUGGUAUCAGGGGGAGCCAGUAUUGUGCCUGGCAGUGCUGAGGCGGGACCUGGCAGAGGCGCAGGGAGGCAGGGCUGGGCCAUCUCACUUCUGCCUGACAGUGUCUGCCCCUCUGCUGCCCCUGGCCUGGUGUGGGAGCCCACUGUGCUCUGGUCCCAUGGCGGUCCAUUCUCUGCGUGUGGACCGAGUGCCACUGGGCCCCGAGCACUGGGGUGGGAACUGGGGACAGAGGAUUUGACCAAGUCCCCCAUGGUGUAUGGCAACCUCAGCUUUCCAGUACAGAGGCAGCCAGCCUGAAGGUUCCCUGUGGGUUCUUCUGGUCUUUCUGUCUUCCCUUCAGGGUUACAGAGGUGGCUGUUUGCUGGUCCUGUUUUGUUUCAUGCAGUUCUGCAGCCACACACCUAGGUUUGGCGCUCGCAUGUCUCCUCUGGAUUCAGUCCUGCACCUGCCCAGGUAGCUGAUGGCUGAGCAGAGGUGCGGACGGCACUGGGCCCAGCCCGCACCUGCAGCCUCCUGCCUCUCUCCUGGCCCCUUGGCUCCAAGCUGCAGGGCUCGCUCCUCCCCCAGCUCCCCUCCCCUCUUGCCCUGGCUGCUGCUGCCCCUCCCUGCUCUCCUCUCUCUGAGGCCCCAGCCCCAGCCUCCUGCAGGCUGGUUUCCUUUGCUCUGGCUGAGACCGCGCCUGCCCAGCGGUCCCGUCCCGUGCCCCUGGGUCCCCAUGGGGAGAAGCCGCAUGCCCCUCCCCUACACCCUCAGGAUCUGGGAGUCGGGGGUCUCCUUCCUCCCAGGGGCAGCCUCCAGACCCUGACCUCGCUACACAGGCUCUGACUCUCUGCAGGUGGUUGGCGCCGCACCCCCAGUCCCCUGCCUGACCCCUGGCACCUGGGCCUGGUACCUGCAGUGUCCCAGCCUUUUCUACCCCAACUAGCGCCGGUUCCCGGGAAUGACCCAGCCCUCCCCUGGCCCGCCAGUGCCUGGCCUGGCCCUCGUUCUGUCACCUUCCCCUGCAGCCGCCACAGUCAGUAGCUGUCCUGGCCGCAGCCCAGAUCCCAGGCUGCUUUCUCUGAGGGUCUCAAAGGGUCAGUCUCUCCCAUCCCACCACUCCGGGGUCUUGCUUCUCCUCACCCAUCCCCAGGUCUCAUUUUGGCCUUGGCCACUGCCCACCUUCCUCUGUUGGCCGUGGCCUUGGGCCCCGUGGUCCAUGACAUUAGCAGUUCUGUCAGCAUGCCUCUCUCAGUCAUUCAUUUAACCAGGAGUGUUGCUGAGGGUCUCCUGGGCGGCUGCCCCUGUCCUGGGCGCUGGCCAAGUAAGGAAGGAGAGAGGACCGUCCCUGUCCCCCAGGACUUCUGGGUGAGUCGGUGGUGUCACAGACUAAGACGAAGUCCACAGCCAGACACAGGGCAAACUUGAACGCAGGGGAGGGUGGGAACAACUCCUCGACGUGACCCUCAGCCCGGCCGGCUGUUACCUGUGUGCUCCUCUAGCCACAGGGUGGUCCCAUAGUCGGGUGUCUCCCUCUGUGUGGUCCUCACCUCCCCCGCCACACACACGCCCGUUCCUCCGUGUGCUGGAUUAUUUGCUGGAUUCUUCCUUGGCCUCCAUCCCCUUGGGCAACACGGGCUCGGUCCAGAUGGAGCAGGUGGUGGGGUCACAGUCGCAGCAGAGCCCAAUCACGGGGCUGGGGGCUGGGGCUUGAGGCAGCACCAGCAGGCAGAGGCAUCUGGGGCAGGGACUCUGGGAGCCAUUGGCCGAGGCCCAGCAGUGUGAGCGCCUCCAGGGAGGCUGUUAGGAAUGAGAAUUCCCAGGUUCCGUCAGAGACCUGUUCAAUAAGAACUCUGGGAGUCUGUGCUUUAGGUCCUGCAGGUGGUCUCAUGUCCAGGGGAGCCUGAGAACCGUGCAUGGAGAGGCAGUGGUGCAUGGUGGAGUCGCAGCUGAGGGCGUCCGGGGAAGGUUCCAGGGUAUUUGGGAGUUGACCCACAGGCUCAGUGACUAGGUGUGGGGGAGUGGGGGUUGGGGCGUCAGGCGUGCCUCCCAGGUUUGGCGGGGGUCACCUCAGACCUGAAGUCAGCUGUGCCUUCUCUGGUCUCUGUUCCCCGCUCCUUGGAGGGAGGAGGGCUUCUGCCCCUCCUUGCCCCCCCCCCGCCCCCACCCUGCGUCCUUAAAGAAGUGCGCGCUUCCGCACAAACAAGCCGGCUCCCAGCCCGCCUUGGUAGUCAGGGCCGUUGCCACAGCAGUGACGUCAGUGGCCUGGUCCCCAAGGAGCGUCACCCCCUGCUGCCUGCCUGCCUGCAGUGCCCGCAUCUCACUUCUGCCAGCGGUGGUGCGGAGGCAGGCAGGGACUCCCCCUCUGCUCACUCCGCAUUUUGAGACCCCGGUGGAAGGGGAGGCGGGGCCCGCUGGGGCGGCCUCUCUUCUCCCGGUGGCCCCUGGGCCCCAGCGCACUCGGCUCCUUGGCGUCGGUGGGAGCAGCAGCAGCAGUGGUGCUCGGGCCAUGGCGGAGGAGGCGCCGCAGCGGCCGCAGCUGGACAUGCCGCUGGUCCUGGACAAGGACCUGACCAGGCAGAUGCGGCUGCGCGUGGAGAGCCUGAAGCAGCGCGGGGAGAAGCGGCAGGACGGCGAGAAGCUGCUGCGGCCGGCCGAGUCCGUGUACCGCCUGGACUUCGUGCAGCAGCAGAAGCUGCAGUUCGAGCGCUGGAACGUGGAGCUGGACAAGCCGGGCAAGGUCACCAUCACGGGCACCUCGCAGAACUGGACGCCCGACCUCACCAACCUCAUGACGCGCCAGCUGCUGGACCCCGCCGCCAUCUUCUGGCGCAAGGAGGACUCGGACGCCAUGGACUGGAAUGAGGCGGAUGCCUUGGAGUUCGGGGAGCGCCUGUCGGACCUGGCCAGGAUCCGCAAGGUCAUGUACUUCCUCAUCACCUUCGGCGAGGGGCUGGAGCCCGCCAACCUCAAGGCCUCGGUGGUCUUUAACCAGCUCUGACAGCAGCUGCUUGCCGCUGCCCCUCCUCCCGCCCGCCUGCCCCCGCCCCUGCCGGCGUCUCCUUCCUCGCUGCUGUGUCUUAGGGGGCGUUCUUCUAGCAGUUCUGCCCGUCCUCAGCUGGGCCGGGGUCCCCUGGGCCCCACGGCCUCCAUCCUCUGCUUGCACAGCUCACAGAAGGCUCUGUAGUAUAGAAGCUGGACUGUCCGCUGGCGCCGCCGCCGCUGUAGUUGGUUGAGGCGGGGUCAUGGCCCCUUCUUCCUGCCGCUCCAGUGUGGGAAAGAGAGAGAGACUGGCAGAUAUCUAGAGAGACACCCAAGAUCCAGAGAACCCCCCAGCCCAACAGGACAGGGGCAGCGUCCCUAAGGACUCCAGCAAGCAGGUGGUCGCUGCCCCCUGGCACCGUGCCCUUUGCUGAAGCCCGCAUCCGGUGGUGGACCCAGCCUGAGGACCUGGGAAGGCAUUGCUCCUGGCCACAGCCUCACGUGGCCCCACAGUGCCCUAGGGGCCCUCGGCAUGUGGGGCAGGAUCGCCGGAGGAUUGAUUGGUCAGGGGGGCGAAGUUGCCCUGGGAAGGGAGGCAGGAUGGAGCCGUGGAUUCAGGGGGACCCGUGGGAAGCCGUGUGGAGGUCUGCCUGUCUGUGGAAGCACGCACAGACUGGAAGCACAUAGCGUCCGUGUGGGCAGAGUGUGGGAGUCCGGGCCUGCCCUGUAGGUUUGGCCCCAGGUGGCCCUCAGCGGGGCUUCCUGAGCCGGGAGAUGGAGCUUCCCACAGAGCAGGAUUCAGUACCCAGAAACGGGAAGCUGUGUGGGGCGUCCAAGGUGUGGUGUCCAGGCCGCCCGGCAGCCGGGCUUCUGUCACUCGCUGGUCAGGGCUGGCCAGUGCUCCCUCCUGGCGUCACCUGUGUUGGCAUUUCUGGGGCUGCUGUAGUGGUGCUGGGGGCAGGAGGGGGAAGGUCUAGACGGUGGGGCAGUUAUGGUGACUGGUGGUCGGCAGCAGCAGUGAUGGGGCAGUGGGACCCUGGCUCCUAAGGCCACUGGGUACACCCUGGUCAUCAUGGGGAAACUGAGGUACGAUUACCAUCAGGUUCCGUUCUGGCCCUGGGCCUUGUUCCCAUUCCCAGAGGGCCUUCCCUGGAGCAAGAGGCCUGUCCUGGGCGCAGCCCUGUGUUCUCUCUCUGGCCAGUGAGAGCCUCCCCUCCUGAGCAGAGCUGUUGGGGGAACUCGGGGCCCGGGAGCAGGAGGCUAGAGCUAUCCCCAGCAGCGUCAGAGCGGGGCGAGCAGGAGUGGGUUGUCACCCUCAGGGCCCUGUGGGUGGAGCUUCUGCGCCUGGGGCCUGUUCCAGGAUGGGCUUGCCUCCUCUGCCCAGUUACUGGACCUCUCCCUGCAGCCCCGGGGCCUCUUGGGCCAGGCUGCCUGCCCCCUACCCUGCCCCACCGGUUUGAGGGCCUCCGCCGUGCCCGCUGCGUGUCUGCAAUAAAGCCUGUGUCCUCGCCUCGGGGGUGUGCAGUCUCUCGCACAGUCCUUUAAUAACUGGGCCCCCUGCCCCUCGCAGCCCUAGCACCCACACUGGGCUGCUCCCACACGCCCCAGCCCCCUCCCACCAACUUGCCGGACAGCUGUGGUGCUGCAUGGGUGGGGGCAGCCACUCUGAGGCCUCUGCCUCUGCCCCCCACCCUGGGGGGACAGGCUGGCUGUGUCUCCCUCCCCCGCAGGGUGGAGCUGGCAGGGGUACACCGAGCACGGAGUGGGUGGGUGUCCUCAGGCAGCCCCUGCUCCUCCCAGCUUCAGACUUGCCGCAUGUUCAGUCUCAUUCCAGGACCCGUCCCCUCUAGCCCCCUGGGAUCACUGGACCCGUGACUCCUCGAGAGGGCUGUGGCACUGAUGUGGCCACACCUGCCCCACUGGGCCCUUCAGGGCUCUGCGCCCUCAACACAGUGGUCAGGCUCACUGUGUUUGGAAAGAGACAGCUGGGACGCAGAGGCCCAGGGGCCGGGGCUCUUUCUGAGGCUGGGGAUUCUGUCCCCGGAUCUCUGGGUGAUGAGCCCACCUGGCUACACUGUCCCAAGGAGGAAGGGGGUGGCCCCCAGCCAUUCUGGGCUCUGCCAGUGUGGGAAUCAGCAACUGGGAACAGGAAUCUCACUUUCAGCACCAGGGACCUACAGAAUGUUUAAUACCCAAGAGGUGGCCAGCGCUGCUGCUCAAUAGGCUAAUCCUCCGCCUGUGGCGCUGGCACACCAGGUUCUAGUCCCGGUCGGGGUGCCGGAUUCUGUCCUGGUUGCCCCUCUUCCAGGCCAGCUCUCUGCUUUGGCCCGGGAGUGCAGUGGAGGAUGGCCCAAGUGCUUGGGCCCCGCACCCCAUGGGAGACCAGGAGAAGCACCUGGCUCCUGGCUUCAGAUCAGCGUGCUGUGCCGGCCGUGGCAGCCAUUGGAGGGUGAACCAACGGCAAAGGAAGACCUUUCUCUCUAUCUCUUUCUCACUGUCCACUCUGCCUGUCAAAAAAAAAAAAAAGAGGCGCCAUGCCCACCUCGCCCAGCCUAGGCACCGGGGGGCCCCACUGCAGCCCUGGCCGUGUUGUUGUCCUCUUGGUCCCAAACAGAAAUCAGCACCCCUCCCUCCCGUGUCUCAGCGUCUCACACACUUCACACAGGCACAGGCUCGCACCCAGGUCCUGAGCGGUUCCAGCCCCUGGCUUGCUGACCUCCCCCCCAGCCCCCUCUGUCACCAUGAAGCCGGGCAGGGUCUGCUGCUGCCCCAGGGGCCCUGUGGGCGCUGCUGUGUCGUGGAUGGCUACUGAGGGAUCACGUCCCUGGGGUGUGAGGGAGGCCCUAAACCCUCUGUAGCCCUCACCCCACUGCCGGGCCAGCCAUGGAGAAGCCUCAGCGGCCGCCGAGGGAGCCCACAUUGAGAUUCUCCUUUCUCUUCUCUGGGAGGGGUCGGCGCCGUCCUGCACCAGGGGUUCUUCCUGUUUGGGAGCUGGGCUAGGCCCUGUGCUGAGCGCUGGGAGGAGACAGACUCGGCCCCGCCUCCACGGACCUCCUUCCAAGGAGUGGGGAGUCGGGGCGGGGUGCCUGCAGGGAGGCCCCAGGAAGGGGACAGGCGCAGAGGGGCCCCUACUGGUGUCUGGCAUGUGGGAGGAUGAGUCUGCAAGGGUCCGCAGGGCUCCUGCUGGGGGGCGGGCCUGCUGCGGUCUGCACACACUCGCGGGGCCAGCUGACCGCCACCCUCUCCACAGCACGGCCUGGUCCACUCACACCUUUCCGUUUCCCCAGUCUGCAGAUCCAUUUCGUGUGUCAGCGUUUCUGCGUGCACCUCUGAGAGAUGAGGACUCGUUUCACGGGCUAACAACCAAGGGCAGGCGUUAGGCCUCAAGGUUAAGUUGCCGGGCAUCCCAAAUCAGGGUGGGUUCCCUUCCUGGCUCCAACUUCCUGCCAGAGCAGAGCCUGGGAGGCCAGGGUCUGUAACUGGGUUCCUGCCUUGCACGUGAGAGACCAGGGUUGAGUCCCGAACUCCCAUCUUUGCCCUGGAGGGAGCCAGUGGAUGGGACUGCUCCUUUCUCUCACUCUCAUUCUCACUCUUGCUGUUGCUCUCUCUGCCUCUUUGCUUCUCAAAUAAAAAUUAUUUUAAGUAAUAAUAACCACAAUACCAGUGUACCACCGAGGUAUUUUUAGAGUAAUUCUCUGACAUCACCGAAUCCGCAGGACACGUUCCGGGUUCCAGUCUGCGCUCUACAUAAGUUCGUCGUACAGUUUGUUUAUUUGAAUGCGAUCUAAACAAAAGCCUAGCAUUGCAAUUGCUUAAUUCCCCUUUCACUUUUCUUUUUUGGCAUGACUGUUUCAUAGAUGUCAUGUAUGAGCGUACUUCAAAAAAUUCAUGGAAAAUGAAAUUAAGAGAGAAGUGUAUUUAAUUUUAUUGUUCAAGAUUUAUUUAUUUGGGGCCAGUGCUGUGGUGCAGCUGGUUAAACUGCUGCCUGCAGCACUAGCGUCCCACAUGGGCGCUGGUUGGAGCCCUGGCUGCUCCACUUCCAAUCCAGCUCCCUACUGACGCGCCUGGGAAAAGCAGUGUGGAAGAUGGCCCAAGUGCUUGGAGCCCUGUGGAGGACUGGAUGAGGUUCCUGGCUCCUGGCUUUACCCAAGCCCUACCUCGGCUGUUGUGGCCAUUUGGGGACUGAACCAGUGGAUGGAAGAUCUCUCUGUCUCUGUCUCUGUCUCCUUCUCUUUCUCUUUUUCUCUCUUCGUAACUCUUUCAAAUAAAUAAAUAAGUCUUAAAUUUUUGUUGAGGUGUGGGCAUUUAGCGUAGUAAUUAAGAUGCCACUGGGGUUGCCUGUGUCCUAGAUCAGAGUGCCUGCAUGCAGGUCCCCGCGCCACUUCUCCAGCCUCCUGCUAACGCAAACCCUGGGAGGCAGCGGCUGAUGGCUCAAGCAGUAGGGUCCCUGCCACCCACAUGUGUGACCCCACGGAGUUCCUGGCUCAUGGCUUUGGCCUGGUCCAGCCUUGGCUGUUGCAGGCAUUUAGGGAAUGAACCAGUGGGUGAAAAAUCUCUGCUUCUGUCUGUCAUUCUGCUUUGGAAGUAAAAUAACAAUGAAUAAGAAAUAAAACAGUGUAUUUUAAAUUCACACUUACAGGGACUUUUCCAAAAGUUCAUGGAAAUUUGUAUUAUGAAAAAACUGCAUGAAUGUCAAUAAUUUUUUGGACUAAAAUAAGCUUAUCUUUUUUAAAAAAAAAGAUUUAUUUAUUUGAGAUAAAGAAUUACAGAGAGAGGUCUUCCAUCCACUGGCUCACUCCCCAAAUGGCCACAACAGCUGGAACUGGGCCAGACCGAAGCACAUGGGUGCAGGGGCCCAAGCACUUGGCCAUCUUCUACUGAUGCCAUAGCAGAGAGCUGGACCGGAAGUGGAACAGCUGGGACUUGAACCGGUGCCCAUAUGGGAUGCUGGCACUGCAGAUGGCAGCUUUACCUGCUAUGCCACAGCACUGCCCCCUAAGCUUAUCUUUUAAUUCCAUUUUUCAUGAACUCUCUGAAGCCCUUGUCUGGGGUCUCCUCCUGAUGCUGGAAGCCGCUGGCCACCGCCGCUGCAGAGGGGUGGCAGGCUUGGCUCCCAUGUCCUCCUCCUGCGUUGGCUGCAGUUCUCUUCCAGACGGGGCCUGGCCUUGGUCGCACUGGGCUGACCCUGCUGCGGUGUGUGCAGCACUGGCAGGAUCAGUGCCGGGUCCUUACCUUCAUUUUUUGGUUUCUAAAAAUUGAGUCGGCUCUCCCUUGUCCUCCGGAGGCCUCUGUUGUCCGUGUGUGUGAGCCCAGCGCUGCGCUUCGGGGGGCUUUCAUCCCGCACAGUCGCUGUCUGUGCCCAGCCCCGUCGCAGGAGACUUUGGUGGCCUCCUGACCCCUGGCACAGCCCCAUGUGCUGGGGGCCCGUGUUCAGGGUGCGUGCCUGUGAGCUGCCUGCCUAGACUCUGUCCUCCCAGCUGCACGGUCCCUGCUGGCCGCAAAGGGGCAGAGGGCAGAGGGGCUGACCAAUUGACCCAGGGCCCAUCACAUGCCAAGUCCAAGGGCAGGGAUUCCGGAGGGGAAAGGAAGGCCCGCGGGAGCUCUGACUCCGGCUCCCCAGGCCCUGGGGCCUCAUCAGCUGUUCGUUGAGGCACAGAAGACUCUGGGACAAGCCCUGAGUUUGGCUAAUGAUCCCCUUGGGUCCAAGCAGUGCCUCCCAGCAGCCCCCCCCUCCCCCCACCGCGUGGAAGCUGCGGGUCAGGCCCGUGUUCUUGGUGUAGGACUCCCUGUUGCACUGUGCCUUGGGGUAAGUCCUUGCUUCUCUCUGUACAGCUAUCUGUCCUGAGAGCUCAGUGGGGGAGAGGGUGGGGCUGGCCUGGGAGUGUCUCUCAGAAAGGACAUAGAGGGGACUGAGGGAGGUGAGGAGGUGGGGAGGGAGCAGGCCUGGGCCCCCGCCAGGCUCAGAAGCCCCGGGUUUGAAUCCUGCCUCUCUCACCUGCACUGGGGACAGCCGUCUGCGGGCGACUUCCUGUGGCGUUGCCCUGGGACUUGUGCUGAGGGGUGAGGUGAGCAGCCUGACUCCCUGGGACUUGCACUGAGGGGUGAGGUGAGCAGCCUGGCCCCACGCCUGACUCCCUGGGACUUGUGCUGAGGGGUGAGGUGAGCAGCCUGGCCCCACGCCUGACUCCCUGGGACUUGCACUGAGGGGUGAGGUGAGCAGCCUGGCCCCGCGCCUGGCGCCCUGGGACUUGCACUGAGGGGUGAUGGUGAGCAGCCUGGCCCCACGCCCAGCACCCAGAAGGCUCUGCUGGUGGCAGAGCCACCUCUUGCUGCACUGGACAUCUUCAUUUCCUGGGUCUCAAAUGCCCUGCCAGGGAGCACCUCCCUUUGCCAGCCUGCUUAUGGGGAGAGGCAGGGCAGGGUGGGGGUGGGGGCGGGGGGCAACUUGGCCAAAGGCAAGGUGUCGUGGGUGUCCUGGGGCAGCUUCUGGCCCCCGGGCCACUCACCUGACUGGCAGAGUAAGAGGUUUUCACUCCCCCAUGUACCCGCAUGCCCACAGCGUCCCUGUGUGUCCUCAUCUACCGGGGGCUGUCCUCUGCCAGCUCUCAGGGCCACUGGGGGGGGGGGGUCUGCCGCUCCUUUCCCCUCACAGCCCUGUGUGUGCCUGUGCUGGUCUCAGUGCUUGGCCCCAGUGCCUGCCUGUCCUGCCAGACCGGAGCCUCGUGUGGCCAGGGAGAGUCUGGUUCCUCCAUUCUUCCGUGCCCAUUGCGCACAGCUCCUCCUGCCCUGCCUGUGAGUCCUGGACAAGCCAGAGAGCAUGUGAACGUGGGGGUCUCCAGCUGUGGGACCCUGCACACAUUCUCUUCCCUCUCUGAGCCGGCUCAGAACAUCAUAGAGAUGUGUGUGGAGUAGUCACUCAGCCAGUGUGCUCACUGAGCCCACUCUAUGGACCAGGGGCCAGGUGCGUAGCAGUGGCUACUGUGGCCCUGACCUCAGAGAACUGGUGUCACAGUGAGAGGCUCAGACUUGAGCACAGUGUCCCACAGUUAUUUAAUUAUAACUAAUAAAAAUAAGUAUCUCAGAUAUGAAGUACCUGGGGCCGUGGGAUGGAUGGAUAGGGAUCCUAGCCUAGUCUGAAGAGUCAGGGAGGGCUUCCUGGAGGAGGAGGUUGGACACGAGAGGGCAAAUGGGUGUGAGGAGGAAGAGCAGGUGUGGAGCCAGGGUGGGGGCUACUGUGGGGGGGGUGCAGUGUGGCUGGGGAGGUGGGCAGAGCAUGGCGUGGGGCUGAGCACAGCUGGGGUGGGAGACAAAGCACAGCGGGGGUGGGUCUUACUUUCAGGAGAAUUGACAGUAUCAGAGGGAUCAUCGCUGUGUGGGGCGAGGGCAGGUGUAGCUGCAAGGGCUGUCACGGGGUCCCUGGCCCAGGAGAUGUCUGAGCCAGGGUGAUGCCAGUGAGGGCAGGAGCCAGAUCCCUGAGCCGUGCUGGGGUUGGCAUGGGCCUGACUGGGUGGAGGAAGGGGGAGAGAAGGCCGGCGUGCUGCCAGCUUCCAACUUGGGCCGGCCUGGGUGGCUGCAGGUGAGUGGGGACAGGGUACAGGGAGAGGCCUGGGGGGAGAGGGGAGGCCAGAGGGGAUUAAUGGGAGGAGCCUAAGGGAGCCCCACCCCCUGCGGGCCCCCAGGUGGGAAGGGUUUAGCCGGCUGAGGCCCACACUGGUUGACGACAGUGAACUUGCACCCCCUGCACCUCCCCCAUCCUGGUCGCUCU